AUGAGAGAGGCCAUGGUCAAUUUCCCGACGUCGUUGAGUAAUGAAGAAAAGCAUUUGAAAGAAAUGUUUGAGAAACUGAAAGCUGUGCGCAAGCUUAUAGCGGCAGCAAAUCGCUCCAGUGCCACCGUCGUGAGUGCAGAAGCCGCUAAGGCGGAAAGGAAGAAUGCCAAGAGAAGUAUUCAGCAAGCUGAGGAGGCUACAGAAGAAGUCAAGCGUAAGGUUAUGUCUGGUGCAAUUAACCUCAAGAAAGCAAAUGAAAAGAGUACGUUUAAACGGUCAAAAGUGCUGGAAAAACGUCGAGGUAAUAGUAGCGGUAAUGAAAUGUUGUCGCCAACCAGUACUUUGUUUCUUUCUUCAUCCUACUCACAAGAUUCGCAUGACCAGUCUAAGAUUAACAGGGUUACUGUUGAAAAACUUAAGCACGAUAAUUUUUAUCGGGAGGAGAUUGUCCUUUACAUACACGGUCCAACUUUAUAUGUUAGGGGGUACGAUUUACAGUCCGAGUCUCUGCAUAAAGCUUUUGAGAAGUAUGGAAGAAUAACUCGUUUAUUUGUCGAAGAAAGAAGAAAAAGCGCGUUUAUAACGUUGGCAAAUGCAGAACAAGCUGAAGAAGCCAUUAAAGAGAUGGAUGGAAAUAUGGUUAAUGGUAUUACUUUGAGAGUUUCUUUCGCUCGCCGACAGAACCAAACUGGACAGCCUCGUAAUUUGCCAGUUCUUUUUCCUCGCCAUAGGUCUGCAGGAGGUUCUGAUUACGUUCCAUCAGAGCGAAACAGUGGUUUCCGGUCACCGCGUAAAAAUCGUCCUAACGAUCUAGAGCCCCAUCAGUCACAAAUGUCUCCCCCAGGAAUGAGAAAGACCUCGUCAGUGCAGAUGGCAUGGAAUCAAGCAACGGAAAGGACAAGCAGUACGAAGCGCCGAAAUGACAGUAGAACUUUAAUGGAUUACUCAGAUGAUAGCUCUCUUACUACUAAUGACCCGGAGCCAUAG